GUUCUAUAAAGUUUUAUUUAAGUUUGUUAAUAUAAACAGAAAAUUCGCGCGUUGAAAAAUUUCGACCUACAAAAAAAGCGGUGAAAAAAACUAUAUAGUGUACAAAAACUAAUAUAAACAAAAACUUUUAUAUAAAGCUUUGAACAGCUCUAUAGACCGUACCACCCACUGGCAACAUACAAAUAAAUCAAAGUCAAAUUUAUCACUAAAAGGAGAAAAGUUUUAUUUUGCUGAAUUUUUAUUUUUUUUUUCAUCUUUUGCUUAGAUGUUUUGAUAUUGGUGUGCCAACCAUAUGUUCCAUUGUAUACUAUUCUACAAAGUAUUUAUCAUUUGAAGUUUUAGCAAAAUUAUAACCAUGUGUUGUUUAUUUUUCGUACUUUGUCAACAUCAUCACGUUGCGUAUUCGUAUUCUAACCGCCGUUCAGCUGUUGCAAAAGUUUCUUCACUAUUUUACGCCGCAUUGCUUUUGGUUCUAGUGAACUUUCUAUCUCUGUCAAAUGCUCAAAUCGCAUACACAGGUUAUUUGUCAGAGUUACGCAUACAAGAGUUACACAACAUGGCCAUACGUUUGGAACAUUCGAUAGACAUGGAUAAAUUCGCCUGUGAGAGUUAUUUUGAUUAUGUUUGUGGACGUAAUCGUCCUUUAUUUUCAAUAAUGGGACACCUUCCCGAAACCAAUGAAAUUAUACAGCUGCUAACUGAACUACAAAAUGAUAGUACCGAAUUCGAGGCCAAACAAAAACUUAUGGAUUUUUUUAUAUCCUGCAAUACGGUGAAGGGUCUAGAGGAUUGCUAUCGGGAAUCGUUUGAAUACUUUAAGCCACUAUUUGUGUACAUUAUAACAAAAAAUUACAUCGACAGUGCUUCUCACGAACAUAAUAACUUUAUUGAGAUACUCACACAAUUUGUAAAGAAAGCUGAGGAUAGCGAAAACUUUAGCAGAAAUCCCAUACGUUUGAAAUUGUCUGCACUUAAAGAAAAAUUUAAGACUCCUCAAAUUUAUUUUAGAUCGGGUGAUUUAAGUUACGAGUAUGAAUCAUUAAAAAUGUAUCGGGAAAGUUAUCAACAUAAUAUUAGAAAUUUGGAAGUUUUUCGCAAACGCAAUUCAACUUAUGAAUAUGGAGCCCACCGUACGAUAUUGGAUUGGAGUUUAUAUGUUUAUCAGAGUCGUAAUAAGCCAAUGUCAUAUUAUUAUGCCACCUUAAAUGUUCACCUCUGGAUGACAUUAUUCAACACUACGGAACGCUAUUAUGAAUCCAAACGUUUUGCCGAAAUUGUGGAAUGUUUAAAGUUGCCACAGUUUGUAAAUGUUCUGGAGGAAGCCCGCAUUUUGGCUGUGGUCUAUUUGAAGAGUUUUCGUAAUGCUUUCGCCGACUAUAAUGACUGGAAGAGUGCCUCGGCUAAGAAUCAGGAAAUAUUUGAUCAAGAGAAUGAAAUUCUAAAACAAUAUCAUUUGAAUAACAACAAAAUAUUCUUUACCCUAUAUGCUCAAAACUUUUGUGAAUUUGGCAAGGAUCUGGCGGAAAAUGUUUUCUAUUUAGGUUUGAAGCAUACUCAGGAAUUCUUUUACACAUAUUCCUGUGGCUAUCAGACAGAGAGAAAUGUUCGUUGUAUUUAAGUAAUAAAAAAUGCAUUUUAAAAUUUCAAUAAA